UGCGGCUGGGAAAGGCCGUGGCGCCUGGCCGGCUGUUCUCCUCUAUUUGAGCUGUCCAGCGAUGGAGUCCACUGCCCGGAGCGAAGAGAACGAAGGAGGCGCGGUGACAGGAGAAUGCGUGAAUAAGAUCCCGGUGCCAAGACCGCCCUCCAUUGAGGAUUUCACCAUAGUGAAGCCCAUUAGCCGCGGCGCCUUCGGGAAAGUGUACCUGGGACAGAGAGACGGCAAGUUGUAUGCAGUGAAGGUUGUCAAAAAAGCAGAUAUGAUCAAUAAAAAUAUGACUCAUCAGGUACAAGCUGAGAGAGAUGCACUGGCACUAAGCAAAAGUCCUUUCAUUGUCCACUUGUAUUAUUCACUGCAGUCAGCAAGCAAUGUCUAUUUGGUAAUGGAGUAUCUUAUUGGUGGAGAUGUAAAGUCUCUCCUACAUAUAUAUGGUUAUUUUGAUGAAGAGAUGGCUGUGAAAUAUAUUUCUGAAGUAGCAUUGGCACUAGACUACCUUCAUAGACAUGGAAUCAUCCACAGGGAUUUGAAACCAGAUAAUAUGCUUAUUUCUAAUGAGGGUCAUAUUAAACUGACAGAUUUUGGCCUCUCCAAAGUGACUCUGAAUAGAGAUAUCAAUAUGAUGGAUAUCCUUACAACACCUUCAAUGGCUAAACCUAAAGAAGAUUAUUCAAGAACCCCAGGACAAGUAUUAUCUCUCAUCAGUUCUUUGAGAUUUUUCACACCAGUUGCAGAAAAAAAUCAAGACUCUAUAGAUACCAUUUCAACUCAUCUAUCUGAAACAUCACAAUUUUCUCAAGGAUUAAUUUGUCCUAUGUCUAUAGAUCAAAAGGAGGCUAAUCCUUAUUCUAGCAAACUACUAAAAUCAUGUCUUGAAACAUUUGCCUCCAACCCAGGAGUUCCUGUGAAAUGUCUAACUUCAAAUCUGCUCCAGUCUAGGAAAAGACUGGCUACAUCUAGUGCCAGUAGUCAAUCCCACACCUUUGUAUCCAGUGUGGAAUCAGAGUGUCACAGCAGUCCCAAAUGGGAAAAGGAUUCCCAGGAAAGUGAUGAAGCAUCGGGCUCUACAAUGAUGAGUUGGAGUACAGUUGACAAGUUAUGUGCAAAAUCUGCAAAUGCUGUUGAGACCAAAAGUUUCCAUAAAAAGGAUCUUGAGUUAGCCCUUUCUCCCAUUCACAACCCCAGUGCCAUUCCUGCCACUGGAAGCUCUUGUGUAAAUCUUGCUAAAAAAUGCUUCUCUGGGGAAGUUUCUUGGGAAGCAACAGAACUGGAUGUAAUUAAUGUAAAUAUGGCCACUGACACAAGACAGUCUAGUUUCCAUGAGUCAAAGCAGUGGACUGUAAAUUCUAGUGAUGUAUCUGAAGAGCACCUUGGGAAAAGAAGCUUAAAAAGAAAAAUUGAGUUGGUUGACUCUAGUCCUUGUCAGGAAAUUAUACAAAAUAAAAAAAAUUGUGGGGAGUAUAACCAUAGUAAUGAAAUGAUAAAUUGUAACACAAAUCAAAAUUCAGGCUUAACAGCUGAAGUUCAGAAUUUGAAGUUAUCAGUGCACAGAAGUCAGCAAAAUGACUGUGCUAAUAAGGAAAACAUUGUCGAUUAUUUUACUGAUAAACAACAAACACCAGAAAAAUUACCUAUACCAACGAUAGCAAAAAACCUUAUGUGUGAACUAGAGGAAGAUUGUGAAAAGACUAAUAAGGACUACUUAAAUUCUAAUUUUCUAUGCUCUGAUGAUGAUAGAGCUCCCAAAAGUAUUAAUAUGGACUCAGAUUUGUCUUUUCCUGGAAGUUCUAUCAUGGAAAGUUCAUUAGAAAGACAAUCCUUAGAUCCAGAUAAAAGUAUUAAGGAAUCCUCUUUUGAAGAAUCAAAUAUUGAAGAUCUACUUAUUGUAUCACCAAACUGCCAAGAAAAUACCUUGCCAAAAGAAGAUGAGAACCCUGUUAUCCAAGACAAUAACCAAAAAAUAUUAGCUCCUUCUUCAGAUGUGUUGAAGACCUUAACUCUUUGUAAAAGAAAUGCCGUAGUUUUUCGAAGUUUUAAUAGUCAUAUUAAUGCAUCCAAUAAUUCAGAACCAUCCAAGAUGAGCAUCACUUCUUUAGAUGCAAUGGAUAUUUCAUGUGGUUAUACUGGCUCAGAUCCCAUGGCUGUCACCCCUACUCAAAAAGGAACAUCCUAUAUGUCAUAUCAGCAGACCCCAAAUCAGAUCAAAUCAGGAACUUCAUACCGAACUCCAAAAAGUGUGAGAAGAGGGGCAGCCCCAAUGGAUGAUGGCCGAAUUCUAGGAACCCCAGACUACCUGGCACCUGAGCUGUUAUUGAGCACAGCCCAUGGUCCUGCAGUAGACUGGUGGGCACUUGGAGUUUGCUUGUUUGAAUUUCUAACUGGAAUUCCCCCUUUUAAUGAUGAGACACCACAACAAGUAUUCCAGAAUAUUCUGAAAAGAGAUAUCCCUUGGCCAGAAGGUGACGAAAAGUUAUCUAAAAAUGCUCAAAGUGCAGUAGAAAUACUUUUAACUAUUGAUGAUACAAAGAGAGCUGGAAUGAAAGAACUGAAACGUCAUCCUCUCUUCACUGAUGUAGACUGGGAAAAUCUGCAGCAUCAAACUAUGCCUUUCAUACCUCAACCAGAUAAUGAAACAGAUACUUCCUAUUUUGAAGCCAGGAACAACGCUCAGCAUCUGACUGUAUCUGGAUUUAGUUUAUAGCACGUAAAUAUUUCUUUUAUUUAAACUUGUAUUAUAGAAUAAGCUUCAUAAUUAUAUACUCCUUAAUACUAAACUGAUAAAAGAGGGAUCAAAAUAAUUAUUCUACCUGGGUUGAUGAGCUUUUAAUGUAUGUGACAGCUUUCACAGAGUUAAAAAGAUAUAAGAAAUGUAAUUAGUAAUAUCUCAACUUGAGAACUGUAUAUAAAUCUUCAAAUCUUUUUAAACUUUAUUUAUUUAUUUUCUGCACUUUAUGAAAAGUAAAGCAUCAAUAAAAUUAGAAUGGCACUACCACUAUAAUACAUAGAGAUAGUUAGCCACAAGCUUGAUUUUUUUCUUUAUGUGUUGAUUGUAGUCCACCAUUCAAUGUGGUAACAACAAAAAAGGUAUGGUUUCAUUUGAAUGCAAUUUACUUGCCCAUGUUCUAGCGACUUAGGGGUAUGAGGUUGGAGGAUCGCAAGUUGCAGGCCAGCCUCAGCAACUUAAUGAGACCCUGUCUCAAAAUAAGAAAAUAAAAAGG